CUUGCGUGCGUGCUGGUUACUGGAGACUUGCAUUUGACAAGCACGGACACCGGGAGGGAAACAGGUUAAGGAACACCUGCUUUUUUUCCGGAACCAGAUAACAUUUGUUUGUUUCUUUUACACUGCACUUAAUUACUCGGAUUUUCAAAAAACAUUUUUAACCGAACUUUCAAGAGUCUCUGCGAACUAGACUGCGCGUUUUCUAAUCCCUGUUGAAAACGGAUACAUUUCCAGCAACGUGAUGAAGAACUGAGAUUGAAGUAAGUGAACAAAGCACUUAUGACCAGAAGUAAUCAUUCUAAAGUCUCACAUACGUGUUUUCAACUCAGUCAUAUCCAUGCUAGGUGACAAGCUUGCAUGGCAUGUAUAUUGAGUGAACUCUGCCAGAAGGUUUACCUGUAGGAACAGAAACCCUGAGGGAAAUUUGACAAUACUGUUUGAAGAUUUUAAUCUGGUCGGGUAGAAGUGCCUUGAAUCAAAAUGUCUAAACCUAUGGAUCACGUAAAACGUCCUAUGAAUGCUUUCAUGGUGUGGUCCCGAGCCCAGCGCCGGAAAAUGGCUCAAGAGAAUCCUAAAAUGCACAACUCAGAAAUCAGCAAAAGACUGGGAGCAGAGUGGAAACUUCUCUCCGAGGCGGAAAAAAGGCCGUUUAUUGACGAGGCAAAACGACUGAGAGCCAUGCACAUGAAGGAGCAUCCAGACUACAAAUACAGACCUCGGCGGAAGCCAAAGACGUUAAUGAAAAAAGAUAAGUUUGCUUUCCCGGUACCCUACAGCCUUGGAGAUCACGACGCGUUGAAAGCAAGCAGUUUUCCGACUGGAGCUCUCUCCGAAUCCCUAAUUGGGAAUCCGGAAAAAGCAGCCGCAGCUGCUGCAGCGGCGGCUGCAAGGGUCUUCUUCAACCCUUCUGUGUCUACGAACCCUUAUUCUCUGUUCGACUUUGGGUCGAAGAUGACAGAGAUAUCCCCGCCAUCAUUUCCGUACGCUUCCUCGCUCGGGUAUCCCAGUGGCGCAACUGCCUUCUCCGGAACUGGAACUGUUGGAGGCGGGACGCACACUCACACUCAUUCCCAUCCUUCCCCUGGCAAUCCUGGGUAUAUGAUCCCCUGUAAUUGUACUGGCUGGCCCUCGGCAGGUCUCCAACCUCCUUUGGCUUACAUCUUGCUACCGGGAAUGGGCAAAGCUCCGCUUGAACCUUACCCUGCUUACGCAGCGGCGUUGUGAUACGCAGGGCAGAAGAGUUUUUUUAUGUAUAAAGACUGUACUUCCCGGUUUAAUAGAUUCAUGCACAAGUUUAUACAUGUGAUACGAGUCGACUUAAAUAGGCCUAUCACAUGGGUAUGUAUAUAAGUAAAUGCCUUAAUACAAGGCCAUUUCUAUCAAGAGAAGUCUAAAACAAUAGGCUACAACACAUGACAAACUCGUAUGCCUAUUAUUAUGCCUAAUAUAUGUAGAACUGUACUGUGAAGUUGUUUUUGGAAACCGUUAUCCCCUUACCAUUUUGAAUACUACAAAAGACACCGUCUUGUAUUUCCACCUGUUGCAAGUGCACCUGCUAGGCGGACCUGUUUGAAUCCGCAAACGGUCGUUGGUGGUUGACGAUGUCAAAAAGUGAAUUAUUUGCUAGGGAAAACACUUAAAUAAUUCUAGAUAACUGUUAAAUUAUGUUGGCUAAUGUACUUUACAUUGGGUAUUCAAUCAAUGAAGAAAUUACUCAUCCACCUAAACAAAUAUCAUGCCGAUAUUUGAGCUAAAAAAUGACGUGUAAAUGUGUACAGUUAUAUGACGUUUGCUGUUUAGUUAAUGGUUUAACCUGAAGUUGGCUGGGUUGUUUGUCUAGAAAUCCAGUGUAUAUUUUAAGGUUUCAGUACUGUUUUAUAGAUGUCCGCAAUAUUUAUUGUUUGGAAGCAUCAUGGUG